GUCUUACUCGGCCAAUCGAAUUAGUCACGCGCCAAGCUGUUAGCUGAAUAUGGUAAAGACGUUGCUUGCGGUUACCUGAGGCAAUCAGGCAAUCAGAUCUGAAAGCUUGAGAUCGACUCAAUUACGUCAUAAUAUUCUUCGCCCUAUGACGAAAGACAAACACAUUACUAAAGUUGGCCCUUUUUGUCUAGGUAUUUUCUUUGUAAAAAAAGGCAGUUCCAAACUUCGGAUAACAAUGCCGAAUGAGAAUGAGAUAGGAUUUUACCAGUCUACUAAUUAAACCCAGCCUCAAAGUCCACGUCUUAUUCGCCGCUUAGGAUAAAUAUGACUGAUUCAGUCCACGUCACGUCAUCCACUCGAGCUUUCAGAACUUGAGAUCCAUGUCAUUUACAUGAUGGCACUUACAUAGUGGCUGAGGUAUAUACCACUUAGACCACUUGCACUAUUUGUUCCGUAGCCAUAAUUCCAAGAUUCCGCUGCGAAUCGCGCACACUAUGGACGAAUCGUCAUCGCAUCUUGGAUGUGCUGUAACCAGCUUUCCCCGUCAUGCCACGCCAUGCCACAUUGGCCAGUCGGUAUGAUAGCUGGUUUGGCUUCGGCGGCUACUCACCGUCGCGCGUCAAUUUCAUGAUAUUUAACUCAGUAUGGACGUUAUUAGUAUUGAUAUACGUGGGUAUAACGCCGCUAUAUCUGACGAGCGUCUUCCACCGGUUGGCAGCCCUCGCCCUUAAUGCCAUCACCACUAUUUUCUGGUUCGCCGGCUCAAUCGCACUCGCCGUCUUCGUCGGCGGGCCCUACAAAUGCGGAUCGGACUCGUUUUGUGGUUCCGCCGAGGCCGCUGUUGCUUUUGGCUUCUUCCUUUGGGCUCUUUUCACCUUUCUUACUGUCAUCGAUGCCAUCGACUCUCUCCGCAGCCGUGGUCACAACGUCAGUAAGCCGCACGCGCAGCCUGGCGCAUAAUCGCUCUAGCUACUACGAUUUUGAAUUCCCUUUCUGGUUAUACAUAAAUAGGUCUCGCUUCUCUAUCAGUAAUAUGUCACUGUUUCACCCACCUCGCGUACCUAGAAUAGGGAUGUAAACUCGAGCAUUUGGUAGGCGUUUUGUUGGCGUGGAGAUUGUAUUGAGGAAACGAUAAUGAUAACAUACCAUUUUUAAAUAUACCACUAAUAAACACGGUUCUGAUCAA